CCAUUGGCCAGGGAUUGGACCAAUCUCUCAUUCUUUCUCCAGACACACAUCUCCCAGGGAAUGAGACAUUUAAAAACUUGCAGGAAAAGUAUAGAGAGCAUCUUCUGACGGAGCGAGGCAACAGAGACAGAUCAGCCAACAUGUCUACUCACUUUAACAGAGGCCCAGCCUAUGGACUCAGUGCGGAGGUUAAGAGCAAGCUGGCUUCAAAGUAUGAUCCCCAGAAGGAGGCUGAGCUGAGAGAAUGGAUAGAGAGCACCACUGGGAGGAACAUCGGAAACAAGUUCAUGGAAUCGCUGAAAGAUGGAGUCAUCCUGUGCGAAUUAAUAAACAAGCUGCAGCCUGGGUCCGUCAGGAAGAUCAAUGAUUCUACACAAAACUGGCCUCAGCUGGAAAACAUUGGAAACUUCAUUAAGGCAACCACAGCGUAUGGCGUCAAACAACAUGAUAUAUUUGAGGCAAAUGAUCUGUUUGAGAACACCAACCUCACCCAAGUCCAGUCCACACUUUUGGCGUUGGCCAGCGUGGCCAUGGCAAAAGGUGCCAAAGUCAGUUUCGGAGUUAAGUAUGCCGACCCGCAGGAGAGGAAAUUUAACCCUCAAAAACUCAAGGAAGGAAGAAAUAUUAUUGGCUUGCAGAUGGGAACAAACAAAUUUGCCAGCCAAAAGGGAAUGACUUCAUAUGGCACCCGUAGACACCUGUAUGACCCCAAACUGGGCAAUGACCAGCCCCUGGACCAAGCAACCAUAAGUUUACAGAUGGGCACCAAUAAAGGGGCAUCCCAGUCUGGCAUGACGGCUCCAGGUACCAAGCGUCAGAUCUUCGAGCAGAAGCUUGGCAUGGAGCACUGCGACACCCAGACCAUACCCUUGCAAAUGGGAACAAACAAGGGGGCAUCUCAACAAGGCAUGACUGUGUACGGGCUCCCACGCCAAGUCUACGAUGCCAAGUACUGCCUGGACGCCAACCUCGCUGAGGAAGACGGGCACUACGAUAACAGCCAUCAGUAUUACAACUCCGAGUAACCGCAUCCAUUCCCAAAAAAUAACCUCUACACACCCUCUUUUGUGCCAGUGUGUGCCUGCUACUGUGACAGAGAACGGUGUUCAAUGCUGCCCAUUCUGUGCCAGCAUGUGCUAGUUGCUCUGGCAAAGGGGGGGUUAAAUGCUACCCACUCUCCGUGUUUGCUCUUGCAGAGUAAGAAUUAAUGAUACCCACUCUGUGCCAGCCUGCCUCCUGGCAUGUAGAUGCUACCCAUCCCAUACCUGCUGUUCUGGCAGAGAAUGAUAAUCGUCCGACCCACUUUCUGCUUUCCUGGCAGAAAAGGGGUAAAACUGCCCUUUCUAUGCCAGAAAUCCCCCUCCCCCCCUCUGCUUUGGCAGUAAAGAGAAAAAAACCUAUUUCUUACAUGCCUGACAGGCUGCAGCUCGUCACCGUAUUCUCCUAUUUUCAGAACCAAUAAAAUAGCUAAUUCUUCAUGUUGUGUCUGCAGAGCAUUGCUAUAGUGUCACUUUUAGGUUGUCUAACAGAAUUAUUUUAUUUCUUGUGCCCCUGAGCGGACAGUUUUGGGUGGGUUUGAGGGUAUAUUUAUGCUACACACGUCACAUAUCUCUGUAUGUAAUGCAUUCAUGUGGAUAAAGCAAAGCUCUGCAGCCUUAACCUGUUCCUUGUCUGUAGCUGCCAAGGCUAUGUCGUAGCUUAGUGUCCGCAGAGCAUCACUCCAGCCGUGGGUAGAAAGUUAAGGGGAUUUAACAAGUGAAAGUGGUCAGGGCAGCGAUGCUCUGCAGAUUUAGGAGUCAUACUCCCAACACCAUCUACAGCAAUGAUGAGAUAGGAUGUUGUACAGGUCUCUGACCGGAGGGGCGGUUGCAGAAUAAUGCUCUGGCAGGUGAGAGGCUGACAGGGCAAUACUCUUCGGUGAUAAUCACCCCCGUGACGGGUGCAAUGCUCUGCAGAAUACAACGUCAUAUCGUGCCUGGCUCUGUUUUGUGCAUGUCCUCAGCCCCCUCUCAGCACCAGCUCACGUCUGCUCUGUUCAAGACCCGACUGCAAAUAUAUUUCUAUAUAUAUUUCUAA